AUGAGUUUCAAAGAUAAAGUUGUUAUUGUGACCGGUUCCAGUUCAGGCAUCGGCGCCUCCACCGCCAUCGAGUUCGCUAAAGAGGGGGCUCACGUCGUCAUAGUGGGAAGGAACGAGGCUAAACUCGCGAGUGUACGUGAAAAAUGCGAAAAGUACGGCAACAAGCCUCUUGUCAUUAAAGCGGAAAUGUCGAACGAUGCCGACGGCAAGAGAAUUGUCCAAGAAACGAUAGAGAAGUUCGGAAGAAUCGAUGUGUUGGUCAACAAUGCUGGGACGAGCGAAUUAGUUGAUAUUACCAGUGAAAACUUUAUGGAGAGCUACGACCAAAUCAUCAACGUGAAUCUGCGUGGAGUGGUGUACUUAACCCAUCAAGCUAUACCGCACCUAAUCAAAUCGAAAGGGAAUAUUAUUAACAUAUCUAGCGUGGCUGGUAUGAUUACCGCUGGUAUUUCCGGAAUGCUUGCGUACAACGUGUCGAAGGCAGGCCUUAACCAUUUCAGCCGGUGCGCUGCACUGAAACUAGCCAGCUAUGGUGUCCGGGUUAACACCAUCAGUCCGGGGCCAGUUCGAACAGACAUUAUUAAUCACCCCACCAUGGAGUCUAUAUCGUGGGACACAUUCGCCGAAAUUACCGCUUUGAAACGUGUCAGUGACCCCGUGGAAAUCGCAGAUCUAAUCCUAUUCCUGGCAAGUGACAAAGCGAGAGGGAUCACAGGUUCUAAUUUCGUGUCGGACAACGGUGCACUGAUUUUACAC